AUGAACAGCUUCAUCGCAAUCACCCUGCUGGCGUUGGCUGGAGUUGCCCUGGCGGCACCACCGAAGUACGGACACGCCGGUGGCCAUGUGGUACCCGGUCCGGCCGUCGUCCACACCUACCCGGCGGUGGCACCCCUCGUCAAGUGCGGCCACAACCUGGUGGUGAGCUGCGGAACCCAUCACGCAGCCGUUCCCUGCCAGGCGGCUGCCCACGGACACGGAUACGGCCACGGUGGACACGGUGGACACGCUGCUCACGGUGGACACGCUGGACAUUACCGUGCCCAGCAGCACGGUGAGAAGGUUGGCAUCAACCAGGACGGCACCAUGGCGGAGAUUAUUUAA